GCGCCCAUGCUCCUCCUGCCUUGGUCCGAGUGGUAGACUCCGGAGGUGAGCGAGGGCUUCAGGUCUGGAUGUUGGGGGUCAGCAGUGCUGCGGCUCCUGUCAGUUUCCCUGGUGGGUUCGGUAACGACUGAUUCCCAAAGCGGCUCCGAGUCAAAGUCUCGUCGUUCCUGUACAGGAAGCUGGCUGCUGACCGGCAGAGGUCUUGCAGUGAGCCCUUUAUGGUAGCAGGCUGUAAGGGCUAUAGAGACAAGACAGCUUCAAGGAUCCCCUGGAACUGUUGCUGCAAAGGUUUUGAGCCACCACAUGGGUACUGGAAACUGAACCCAGGUCCUCUGGAAGAGCAACCAGUGCUUAGCUGCCUAGCCCAACUCACGGGAGGCUAAUGUAGAAGGAUCUCCCAGUUUAAGGCAAGCCUGGGCUACAGUGGAGACAGGUGCUUACAUAAUGUCAAUAGUUCGUUCAGCCGUCCACGCCAAAUGGGUUGUGGGGAAGGUGAUUGGUACAGCAAUGGUAAAAACUGCUAAAGUAAGAGCGACCAGACUUGUUUUGGAUCCAUACUUAUUGAAGUACUUUAACAAGCGGAAAACCUACUUUGCCCACGAUGCCCUUCAGCAGUGCAGCGUUGGAGACAUCGUGCUCCUCCGAGCUUUGCCCGUCCCACGAUCAAAGCAUGUGAAACACGAACUGGCCGAGAUCGUCUUCAAAGUGGGCCGAGUUAUCGACCCGGUCACCGGAAAGCCCUGUGCAGGAACUGCCUACCUAGAGAGCCCUCUCAGCGAAACUCAGGAGGAGCUCAAGGUCUCCUGAGCCUAGGAAAGGAGGAGCCAGGGGGAUUUCUGUCCAUGUGUUUGCUCAAUGGCUUUCAUUACUAACUGUCAAGAGUUUCUCCGGUGACAUUAAAAGUAAUGUGUUCCGUAAA